GUCUAACAACGAAUAUAUUCAUAACGAUCACGGUAGGCGCAGAGCUUUCCCGCUAAUUAACUUUUUGCACUAUUUACAUACAUACAUACAAGUCAAGUGUUUAAACAAGUGCUGUGUAAAUUAAAUUAAUUUGAAGAAACGAAUUGCUUUGUGUUCUUCAUUUGCUGGCAUUUUUCGUUUUUUUUAACGCUAAAGUUUUUUUUUUCUGCCGAUCAAAAUGUCUUACGAUAAUAAGGGUAAUCCACCACCUUACUCCGCUCCCCCACCAGGAUUUCAACCGGCCGCAUACUAUCAACCGCCGCCACCACAACCGAUGCCACCACCACCACAACCACAAACAUCCACGGUGAUCAUUACGACCUCAAGGCCGACCGUGAUGCCGCUGAGUGAGGAUCCAACGCGCACCACUUGUCCCUCAUGCCACGCAGAUAUUCUGACGACCGUGAAAUAUCAGCCGAAUAGCUGCACUCACAUUUGGGCUUUGGUAUUGUGCUUAUUCAUUUGCUGGCCUUGCGUUUGUGUGCCCUAUUGCAUGAACUCCUGCCAGAAUGCAAAUCACUAUUGUCCAAACUGUAAUGCAUUCAUUGGCAGCUAUAGAAACUAAUUUCAAUAAAUCAAAAUAAAAAGUGAAGAUAAAGUCAAACACACACAUACAUACCUUAUUUACAACAACCAAAGUGGCAAGUCAAAGACGAAAGGAUACAAAAGUGUUUGGAUACAGCUAAAUGAAGCAUAAAAUGGUUGGAUUGGAGCCGAAAUUUUAAAUACUGGACAAUUAUAAGGACGAAUCAUCGAAAAGCAGAUAUUCACACACUUAUAUAUUGAAAAAUACUUUUUGUUAUA